ACUGUCUUGUGUGCUGUGUUUCCCCAAAUAGACAUUGAGAACAGAAGGACCAGCCGCACUAUAUCGAGGUUUCAUUCCAGCUUACCUCAGACUAGGGCCCUGGAACAUUAUUUUUUUUGUCACUUACGAAAAGUUAAAACGGGUGUUCUAAAGAUUCAGCUGAGCAAUCACUUACCAAGACCAGUUUCACAGGAUUAUAAUUACACAAACACUCCAAGAUUUAUUCAGUCAUUUUUGUUAUUCUUAUUUAUUGCAGCAGCACUUUACUUGUGUGUCAUUUUAUCGCCUAUCAUUAGUGUGUUGACAAUAAUGUCUAUAAAUCUACUCAUGAGAUUCAGUAGCUUG